UCUAUAUAACAUUUAUCUCUUUCAGAUAAUUAGUUAGUAUAGCCAAUGUAUACAUGCCAAUUAGAUUUCUUUACUUUUAAGUCUUUUGGCCGUUCCUUAUAAAGAUUGAAAGUUUAGAUAUGAACUAUUAAUAAUUAUGUGUUGGUAAUGUCCAGUUAAUUGAUUAUACGACCAAGUCAAUCUUAUCUUCUUAGUCAUGUUGUUGAACCGUUAUAAAUUUCUGUUUUACCCUUAUGACAAUGUAACAUCAGCAUUCUAGUGUUCACUGGUGGUUAAUCAGAGGUAUGAUUUGGAAACUGUUACAUUAUCCUGCAUCUAUAGAUUUAUAAUUAUAUUCCUGAUUAAUUUUAUUUUACUAUGUUAAUCUUGCACAUAUUGGAUGCUGUUUCCAACUUCCAAUAGAAACUUCUUCUUGUUGCAAUUUUUUGUUCAGAACUUCAGAUAUGCAACUGAUUAUCCAGCAAGAAAUAAAUUUUUUAAAAAAGAAGAAAACGAAAAAUCCAAAUGGUAUUGUUCUACUCAAUGAAUAAAUGUUCAUGUGAGCUGAAAACCAUUUCCAGAAGAUGGUUCUGUUUUUACAUAGGUUGAACUAUUGUGAAUUGCAAUUGUCUUGGAAAUUAUUUGACUUUUAAAAUUUGACCCCCCCCUCUGAAUCUUACGCUUAAUUUAGCAGUGACUAUAUGUACCUCCUCACAAUCCUUUAUCAUUCGAUGCUUUGUGUAUUUGUUUCUCCCUUGUUCUAGCUGACUGGAUUUGUUAUUGAUCAGGGCCUAGCUUCCUUAAUUGGAUUUGUGUUCUUGUGGUUUAAUUGGCAACCUAUAAAGUGAAAGAUGCUUAAAUUGACUUUUUGUAAAUAAAAGGUUUAUUUCUUAUUUUAACCCUUCAAAUAACUAAUUUGAUAAUCGUUAGCAGAGCAAACAUGUAACUUCAUUAUUGAUCUAUCUAACCCAUUAUUUAUUUCUUUUUUUAGUGACAUGGUAUACAUUUUGUUGCUGCUUGCAGUAGUCAUUCUGUGAUUCUUGCAAUAUCCUUUUUUGUAGUAGCACUUUCAUUAUACCAUAUAAUGCACCCAGGUGCUCCUACAUAAACUACAUUUUUUUUAUAUGUUUUUCAUUAUAAUCUUAUUUUGCAUAUGUUGUGCUGCAUUAGGAGAUCUUGAUGCAAAAAGUGAGAAGGGAAAAUUAUUUGGCUCCAAAAAUUAUGAGCUUAAUAAGGUAAUAGCUUCAUGUUCUUUCAUCUGUUAAUAUAUAUUCUUUGUUCCAUAUUAAAGGCUCGAUUUUGCUUCAAAGUGAGUGAUAGCUUGGCCAAACGAUUUCUGCUCCAAUCGCUUGGCAAAAAAUGGAGGGAACAUAGGAUAAAGCUUUGGAAUGAGUUUUAUGAUCCGAGGUUGAGUAAAACCGAGAUCAUAAAUAAUACACCAGAAGAUAUUGCUCUUGAUCAAUGGGCUUUAUUCGUAGAAUAUCGUUUGAAGCCUGAAACUCGGAAUCUUUGUAAGAGGAAUCAAGAAAUUCGGCAAAAACAAAUAAUUCCUCAUACUUCAGGUGCUAAAUCAAUUGCAAGAAGAAGGGCUGAAUUGACGGAAGAGAAGGGAAAAGAAGUUAGUAGGGUUCAAAUGUGGGACAUCACUCACAAGAAAAUAGAUGGAAGUUAUGUUAAUGAAAAGGCUAAAGAAAUAGCGGAGAAGAUUGAAGCAUAUAGCAGUCAACAAUCGGUGGAAUCAACUGUUAAUUCUCCUCUUGAUGCUCUUGGAGUAGUUCUUGGGAAAGAGCACCCUCGUCGUAUUCGAGGUUUAGGCAUGGGAGCUGUUCUAACAGUUGCUUUCAAGAACAACACUACAAGAAUUAGUCAGAUGAAUUUAGGUUCUUCAAAUGAUGCUGACACAUCAUCUACUUGUGGUCCAAAUGUACAAGACGAGUUGGAUACCGUUAAAGCGCAAUUGCAAGCGCUAGUCUCCUAUAUUCCUUCUAAAGAAGGAGGUAAAAUUCCGGUGAAAUUGGCUGGAAUGUUCCCUACUCAUUUGAUAUAG